CUUUCAUCCGGGCUCGUCGCGUGUCCGACGACUUGAGAGGUCGAUUCGGUCAUAUUGGAAACAUAAGUUACAAGUUAUUUGUUUAAAAAUUUAGAGUACAUUUAACCAGCAAACAUGUUAAGAGCAUUUUCGAGGGCCUCUACCUCGCUACUUAAAGUAGCCAAACCUUCCGUUUCUAUAACUAAAAUAGCCGGACAAGGCCAAAAAUUCAUACCAUGCAUUUGGUCCACAUCCAAUCAAAACUAUGCAACUGCAGCAAGUGCUUCUCAUGCAAAAGGAAAAAUUGUAGCUGUAAUUGGUGCUGUCGUAGAUGUCCAGUUUGAGGAUAAACUUCCGCCAAUUUUGAAUGCCUUAGAAGUAGAAGGAAGGAAGCCUCGUUUAAUUUUGGAGGUUGCUCAACAUUUAGGUGAAAGCACAGUCCGUACCAUUGCUAUGGAUGGUACUGAAGGCUUGGUUCGUGGAAACGUAGUUAUUGAUACCAACGCACCUAUUACUAUUCCUGUUGGACCUGAAACAUUAGGAAGAAUUAUUAACGUAAUUGGUGAACCUAUUGAUGAAAGAGGCCCUGUAGUCACCGACAAGUUUGCUGGUAUCCAUCAAGAGGCCCCCGAAUUUGUAGAGAUGAGUGUAGAGCAAGAAAUCUUAGUUACUGGAAUUAAAGUUGUAGAUCUCCUUGCUCCUUAUUCUAAAGGUGGAAAAAUUGGUCUAUUCGGUGGUGCCGGUGUAGGCAAAACUGUAUUGAUUAUGGAACUUAUUAACAACAUUGCCAAAGCCCAUGGUGGUUACUCAGUAUUUGCCGGAGUAGGUGAACGAACCAGAGAAGGAAACGAUUUAUACCAUGAAAUGAUUGAAGGUGGUGUCAUCAGUUUGAAAGACAAAACCUCUAAGGUAUCUCUUGUAUAUGGACAGAUGAACGAACCUCCAGGUGCUCGUGCCCGAGUCGCUUUGACUGGUCUCACCGUUGCUGAGUAUUUCCGUGAUGAAGAAGGUCAAGAUGUGUUGCUCUUUAUUGACAAUAUUUUCAGAUUCACUCAAGCUGGUUCAGAGGUAUCUGCUUUGUUGGGUCGUAUUCCAUCUGCCGUAGGUUAUCAACCAACUCUGGCAACUGAAAUGGGUACUAUGCAGGAGCGUAUUACCACCACAAAGAAGGGAUCCAUCACAUCUGUACAGGCUAUUUAUGUGCCUGCUGAUGACUUGACUGAUCCUGCCCCUGCCACUACAUUCGCCCAUUUGGACGCCACCACUGUAUUGUCUCGUGGUAUUGCUGAAUUGGGUAUUUACCCUGCUGUAGAUCCUCUGGAUUCAACAUCUAGGAUUAUGGACCCCAACAUUGUAGGACAUGAGCAUUAUGACGUUGCUCGUGGUGUGCAGAAAAUCCUUCAAGAUUACAAAUCUCUGCAAGAUAUUAUUGCCAUUUUGGGUAUGGAUGAGUUGUCUGAAGAAGAUAAGCUGACUGUAUCUCGUGCUCGUAAAAUCCAAAGGUUCCUGUCCCAACCUUUCCAGGUAGCUGAAGUUUUCACUGGCCAAGCCGGUAAAUUUGUACCAUUAGCUGACACAAUCAAGGGAUUCAAACAAGUUUUGAAUGGUGAAAUGGACCAUUUACCUGAGGUUGCAUUUUAUAUGGUUGGACCAAUUGAAGAAGUAAUUCAGAAAGCAGAAAAACUUGCUGAAGAGUCAUAAAAACAUGGCUAGAGACAUUAGUUAAUUAAGACAUUGUUGAAUAUUAUGGAAAUUAGAUGUAUCAUUUGAAAAAUAAAUCUCAAAUUUGUUGAAUACAUAUUUCAGCAGUUCAUCCUCUAGAUUGUAAAGGUCUGCACUCCAAGCUUUUUCAGAAAAUAAAGUUUGUAUAAUAAAUCUAA